AUGCGAAGAGUGAGCCGGCAGCUGUGUGAGGAUGGCCCGCUGCUGGAGGAGCAGGAGAGAGGCCAGAGGCAGCUGCACAGCCUCCUGCUGCAGCAGCUCCACACCGACGUCGACAUUGACCGAUGUGUCGCCAAGAGGAAGUGUUUCGCACCGGCGUCGCUCUACCGGCCGUUUGGGCAGCAGGCAGCCGGCGUGAGGAGCCUCUCCCAGUUCCAGGCCCUGCAGGACGGGGAGAAGGAGCUGGCCGGCCUGCGGGAGCUCGGCCUCACUGACACCGAGAUCCAACUGUGGCAGCGCCGAGACGAACCUCUGGAGGCAGAGAAGGUCCACGGGGUGUGUGCGGCCCCCGGAGCGAAGCAGCAGCGCCUGCAGGUGAUCACAGAUAAGAUGGAGGCCCGGGAGGAGCUGAUGUCCCGCCCGCAGCGCUUCGCCUCCAGCCGCCCGCUGUCCCGCCGGGAGAUGGAGAUCGAGCGGGCGCUCUUCCAGGGAACCGACCGCCUGGGCUUCCUCGCUGCGCUCUACCACAGAGAUGAAGAAAACUCACAGAGCCAGCAGGGGGCGCCGUCCUCCGACCCGAUGGACUCUCUCUUCAGAGACGUCCUCAGCAGGAACAGAAAACACGCUUCACCACAGGACAGAGAAACAGCAGCACACCUUUCUACACACAGAAACACACCUGACCAAUCACAGGACUCACACAGAAAUACACCUGACCAAUCACAGGACUCACACAGAAACACACCUGACCAAUCACAGGACUCACACAGAAAUACACCUGACCAAUCACAGGACUCACACAGAAAUACACCUGACCAAUCACAGGACUCACACAGAAAUACACCUGACCAAUCACAGGACUCACACCGAGACAACAGCCAAUCACAGGUUUCACACAGAGACAGCAACCAAUCACAGGGCUCACACCGAGACAGCAACCAAUCACAGGACUCACGCAGAGACAACAGCCAAUCACAGGGCUCACACCGAGACAGCAACCAAUCACAGGGCUCACACCGAGACAGCAACCAAUCACAGGACUCACGCAGAGACAACAGCCAAUCACAGGGCUCACACCGAGACAGCAACCAAUCACAGGGCUCACACCGAGACAGAAACCAAUCACAGGGCUCACACCGAGACAGCAACCAAUCACAGGGCUCACACCGAGACAGCAACCAAUCACAGGACUCACGCAGAGACAACAGCCAAUCACAGGACUCACACAGAGACAGCAACCAAUCCCACGAAGCCUCUGAUUAUAUUUCAAAACUGCAGAGUGAUAAAAGUGUCUCAGUUCAGUCAGAGUGGAGUUCAGAGCCUGCGGAGCAGCAUCUGGCUCAGGAGGACUCUCCAGCAGCUGCUGCUCCUCCACGGAUAAACAUCAGCCAGCCAAUCGGCAGUCUGAAGGCGAGGUCGGGGGGGCCGCUGACUGUCAGAGGGGAGAUCCAGACCAUCUCAGAGGAAGAAAUCCUGAAGAACCGUGAAUCUGAAGAAGGGAUCCAGAACAUCCCGAGGUUCAGGAACUACCAGCCGGGGAAACCCUCCAAGGUGCUGUGUGUGAAGAACCUGAGUGCUCGGGCCUCGCUGGCCCAGCUGGUGGCGCUGUUCUCCAGGUACGAGCAGCAGAGCGCCCCCCCGCUGCUCUACCGCCUGCUGACAGGACGCAUGAAGGGCCAGGCCUUCAUCACUCUGCCAGACGCUGAAACGGCCCAGAAGGCUUUGCAGUUGGUCCAUGGAUACCGGUUGCUAGGGAAACCUUUGGUGGUUGAGUUUGGCCGUGAGCGACAGGAAGACGAGAAACAGAAGGAGAAGCAGGAGGAGAGGAAAUAGUAGAGAUAAAACGUUUAUUCCUGACAGCAGCCUGAACAACGGGGCGGAGAUGGAUGUGUAUUAUUUAUUAUGGUCUUUUCCUUUUAAUAAAUAUCUGUUUUGCACCAAA